UACGUUAACUCCUGAUAUUUUAAGAAGAUUCACAGAAUCGCUGUCCGUGUUACUGAGGCGCUUUGAACUGAUCGAAAUUUACAGCUAACACCAAAACACUAAAAAUCCUAACAUUAAUUAUUAUAUAAGCCACUGUGUCUGUGAAUUUGUUUUGUCUGUCAUUUUACUGACGCAACCGAAGAGACCAAAUUUCAGUCAUCUUUCUGCUCGUCAUGGCCUGUGAACAACUCUUACGGACUCAUCAGGGGUCUUCACAGAUGCUACCACAUGUAGUUGCCACAGAGCAGCAGUCAUUGGUGGUUGUUAAGAAAUUACUAGCUAUCGCUGUCUCCAGCAUCACUUACCUUCGAGGUCUUUUUCCAGAAAAAGCAUAUGGGAGUAAAUACGUUGAGGAACAGAAAGUGAUGAUACUUCGAGAGGAGCGCACUUGCCCUGGUGCAAGUCAGAUUGUUCAGUGGUUGCAGGGAUGUUUUGAUGCCAUCCAGAAGAGAUACCUCCGAGUGAUUUUAUUAUCCAUGUAUUCUGAUCCUGAAUACCCUGAGAAAGUAACUGAAUGCUACCAGUUCAGAAUUCAGUACACUGAAAAGGGGCCUCGGCUGGAUUUUGAAAGCAAAAGCCAGAAGAAUAUGACUAAGGUGGACUGCAAUGACAUAAAGAAAGCAAGUAUUCUGCUUGUGCGUAAACUGUACACGCUGAUGCAAAACCUCGGCCCGCUCCCUGACAGUGUUUGCCUCAACAUGAAGCUCUCCUACUAUGAUGAUGUGACUCCACAUGACUACCAGCCACCAGGCUUUAAAGAAGGAGAAAACAGCACACUCGUGUUUCAGAAAGAGCCGGUGAAUCUGACCAUGGGAGAGGUUGUUACGCCUUUCCACACCCUAAAAGUGGAUGUCACCACUGAGAGAGAAAGACUGGAACAGGUAGAUGAUAACGAACCAAUAUGUGCCCGGGAUAGAUGGACUUUGAAAAUAAACGGAGAAGAAAUGGAUUGUGUGUCAAAGGUUCAGCAUGAAAUCGUUUCCAAAGAAAACGUUGUUAUUGACACCGGUAUUGAGAACUCAGAUCUGAGCAAAGAGGAGAUGCUGGAGAAUUCACAGUUUAUGGCAGACAGUCUUGUAAAGAAGACAGCAGAUCUCAAUGUGGCUACCAGGAAAACAAGGAGCGGCCGAGUGAUAAACUCUGCAGACAAGAAACCUGGUACAGUGCCUCCAGCUACAGAAAAGAAACCGGUUUCUCAGUUUCAGUUUCCGCUUAGUCAAGACCCUUUGCCUACUGCCCCAAAGAGGCGCAAGUUCAGUGUACCUAAAGAAAACCACUGACGCUUUGCUACAAAACAUUGUAACGUUAGCAGGACAGCUAGAGCAUCUGCCUAGUACCCUGCAUAGUAUACAAUAUCGUAUUGUAUGAUAACAUAAAACAAAGAAUUAGUUUUCUUCCUUUUAACUUCAUAGCUUGAAUCCAAGAUGUUAAACAGUCUGUUGCCAUGGAUUAAUAGUAAUUAUUGGUACUUGUGUUUCAGGAACAAUGUGUUUGCUUUUACAUGUGAAAUAAGUCAAACCUGUUUUAGAGCAUACAAAAAAAAAAUUGUGUUUUGUUUGUUGUUUAUUUGAUUUUUACCAACAACUGACUUAUAUCUAGCAUGUUUUAUUUGAAUUAAAAAUGCAUAUUUGUUUGUUUUAAUAUUAAUAUAGUAUAAACUUUUGAAAAUAAAAAUGAAAUAUUUUUG